AUGCGCAGGAACACCAUCACCCUGAUCAAGUACAUAGUGAGUAGCUGUCUCCUGAUUGUGACCGGGGUUUCUUUCCUACACGGCAUCCAGUGGGUGAAGUCCAGACCUCCUGACCAGCUCGGGGAUGCUCCCAAGGUGGACUCCCGACAGGCUGUGCCCAAUCCUACAUUGAGACAGGUGUUUGACAACAUCCUCUUGCAAACCAGAGCAGAGAGAGAAAAGAUAGAUUGGCACGACUAUAAAUCUAUUGAAGCUGAGAAACAGAGACAAGGGCCUGGAGAGCAAGGGCAAGCAUACAUUAUGAGUGCAGAUGAGGAGAGUCGCAAGAAUGAGCUGUACAGAGCAAAUGGUUUCAAUGCUUUGGCUAGUGAUGGGAUUUCUUUGCAGAGAUCUGUGAAGGACAUUAGACAUUCAGAUUGCCAAAAGAAGCAUUAUUUGAAGUACCUGCCAACUGCCAGUUUCAUCAUUCCCUUCCACAACGAACACCUGUCCACUUUGUUAAGGUCAGUGUACAGCAUCCUCAACAGAGCCCCUAAGGAGUUGGUCAAAGAGAUAAUUUUGGCUGACGACCAUAGCACCCACGAUGAGUGUAAGCAGCCCCUGGAUGACUACGUGAAGGAGCACUUCACAAAUGUGUUUGUAGUGAGAGCAGAGAAGCGUGAAGGACUCAUUAGAACAAGGCUCUUGGGAGCCAGGAGAGCAACCGCAGAAGUUCUAAUUUUCUUGGAUUCACAUAUUGAAUGCAGCAUCAAUUUCCUGCCACCACUGCUAGAACCAAUUGCAGAAAACUACAGAACAGUAGUGUGUCCAUUCAUUGAUGUAAUUGAUUAUGAAAACUUUGCCUACCGAGCCCAAGAUGAAGGUGCCAGGGGAGCGUUUGACUGGGAGCUCUUUUACAAACGGCUGCCUUUGCUAGAGGAGGACUUGAAGCAUCCUGCUGAGCCCUUUGCGAAUCCUGUCAUGGCAGGAGGACUGUUUGCCAUCAGUAGGGAUUGGUUCUGGGAGCUGGGGGGCUAUGACCCUGGCCUGGAUAUCUGGGGUGGAGAACAGUAUGAGCUGUCCUUUAAG